UGAAACAUGUGUUAAUCAAUGACAACAAUUUAUAUUGUGAAAACAAACCGAAAGUACCAGGAUUUUAUACUAGUACGCUCAAAGAUUAAAUGUUUGCACAAUGUCUGCUAGACUUUAUCAGUUUCACACGGAUUCUGCACAAGGAAUGUCUUUGUCUUUCAAAAAUGGAUGGCCAUUUACGGAAUUUAUGCUGCACGGUACCACUCUGACCUUCACCCGUCUUGAUGAUGAUGGACCACAGAAAUAUUCUUUAAGCAUCUCCGCUGAUGAGUAUCCAGAUAGCAGUAUUCUGACUGCACAUGCAAAGGACACAACGUUCUACGUAGACAAGAAAGUCCAAGACUUACUGGUUCAGCUACGAGAGGAGCUGAUCAGUAAACAGGCUGAGAAAGAGAAGGAGAAGGAGAAAGAGAGAGACAAAGAGAGGGAGAAAGAGAAGGCAGAAAAUGAGUCGGGUGAAAUGUACAGCCGAUCGGCUAGCCUCGAGUCAGGGGAUUCUGACUACAAAGAAUGUAUGUCUGGCAAUGGAGAUGAUAAUGCUGCCGCUGGUAGCGAUGACGAUGAUGAAGAAGAGUAUUGUAUUAUACAGGAGAUUGACGAUGAAAUGGAGGAUGAUCAUGAGUCAGCUGAGCCUGAGAAAAUGAAUACCCAGUUGGCCGAGGACAUGGACCAAGUUCGCUUUCUGUAUGGAGAUAGUUCUUUGUCUUACAGAUUGUUGGAGUCCCUUGGUGAAAUUGACGUAGAGUUGCACAUACCAGUUUCAUUUCUUUAUGUUGAUAUUGCCGAAGCGUGGAAUCUUGAUCUAGACAAGCCACUGACUGUGAAAUUACACCUGUCAUCUGUUAAUUACCUCGAUCAGAAAGAUCCUCCAAAAGUACAUGUUUUCCAACCUUCCAAAAAAGAAAAAUUUGGUGUAGGAAGUCAGCUUGGAAAAAUCUUGGAAACAUUCAUGAGAGAGAACUGGAAAAGCCUGAGUAACAGAGGUCAGCAGGCUGCGUCGAAAUCAUUCAGUGCCCCUGCUGAGCUGUCGUCAUUCACCAAGAAUACUGACAGUGAAGGUGCACAAGCUGAUGUUUUCUCCCGCAUGAAUGAUGAAGCUCUUGCUCAGAUCGUAGAAAUGGGAUUCUCCUCAGAAGUCAGUCGUAACGCUCUCGUUAUCACCCAUGGCAACGUCCAGGAAGCCAUCAACCUGCUAAUAACCAAUCCAGAGAGCUGCACAGAACUCGAUAUGGCUUCUCAGAUACCACAUUCUAAACCUGCGACAGCACCUUCUCGACAGCUGUCCCACCCAGCAUCAAUCCAGAAACAAAACAACAGGCCGAUGUAUGGUCGGUAUAAAAGCAUUUCUACAUCGGCCACCACACCUGACAUUGGUGGUACAUCAUCAACAAUGGAUGACCUUACGUUGAUGCCUUCAUCAACACUCAGUGGGAGAAACGCCAAAGAUCCCCCGAGUUUAGAAAACGGCUUUCUUGUACAAAUUUUCCGCUACACUCGUCAAAGGAUUCCCACUUUAAAUGAAUACUGUGUUGUCUGUGAUGAACCUCAUAUGUUUCAAAAUGGUGCCAUGUUGAAGCCUACAGUUUGUUCUCGUGACCUCUGUGUGUUUGCGUUCCAAACUCUCGGUGUCAUGGUUGAUGCAGCUGAUGAUAUUGCUACUGGUGCAGAGGUUUUUGUUCUGUUAAUGCAAAUGACUAUUGCUGCAAGUAAAUCAAAUAGAAAAACCAUCAUCUUUGAUCCUUAUCCGUCAGUUGUUGACCCUAGUAAUGCACAAGUGUUGGCCUUGAAUCCUAAGCACAGAGAUUUUAACAAAAUUCAGUCUGUGGUGGACAGACUUCCAUCGGUUGAAGAGAUGAUGCGAUACAGCAGUUCGCAGUUGAAAAGGGAACUGGAUCUGCGACACCGUCUGGCUUAUCCACUGCUAAUGUGGAUAAUUACCAGUAACCGGUCGCAUAUUGUCAAAUUGCCAACUGAUCGGCAAAUCAGCUGCAUGAAAACACCUCACCAGUUUCUUCUUCUGAGCAGUCCACCAGCAAAAGAAGCCAAAUUCCAGGAAGAAAAGCAGAAAUAUGGGAGCACAUAUGCUUUCCAUGGUUCAAGCAUAGAAAACUGGCAUUCCAUCAUUCGACAGGGAUUAGUGGUGGCGUCUGGCACAAAUAAGCAGAUGAAUGGAGCAGCUUACGGAAGUGGAAUCUAUCUGAGCCCGUCCAUCAGUGUUUCCUCAGGAUAUUCAAGGCUAGGCUCCAGGGGAAGCAGAACACCCAAAUCAAUGCCAAACUCCAGAUUCCUCACUAGUGAUGAUAUAACCUGCAUAGCUCUCUGUGAAGUAAUAACGUCUCCAGAACUGAAAAAGUGCUCUGAGAUUUGGGUGUGUCCAAAAGACUGUCAUGUGUGCACGAGAUUCUUCUUUGUGUAUGAAGAUGGCCAAGUAGGAGAUAACUCUAUGCAUACACAAGUUGAAAAGUACAAGACAGAAAUUCUUAAAGCAGUCAGCUACCAGAGGCAAAGUUAACAAAAAUACAAGAAUAUCUACAAAAGGAUCUGGAACUAAUUUCACAUAAUUUUAUAACUCUAAUUUAAUGGUUGGCACGUAAUGUAAGUUGUACAUUUACAUGAGUUUGAUAUCCAUUUUUCACAAGAAAUUUUCUGCCCAAUAAAAGAUGUGACAUUACAUUAUUGAAACACAUAUAAAUGUCCAACUGACAACCAUAAAUGUAAAUGGUUUAUCUUUUGUGAAAUUGUCUCCUAAUUUGGAUUGUUGCUGAUUCUGUCCACAAGUUCACAUAUUGUAUAGAAGAAAAUGUUGAUGUCUUGAUGUUGAAACAAUUCAGAUAUGUUGAAAUUCGAUUACCAGGAGAAAGUUUAACAUCUUGAUGUUAACAGAAUCCAACUGUGUUAAUAUUUGACUACAAGAAAAGUUUAAUGUGGUGACCUUUUACGUAGAUCACCUAAGACUUGAUUUUCACUACAAAGAAACUGAGGUUUUGAUGUAAAAAAACAGUUGGUGUAUGUUGAUAUUUGAUUACAAAGAAAGUUUGAAGUCUUGAUGUGAAAAAGGGUUGGACUAUUUUGAUUAUUUGAUUAUAGUUGGACUAUUAUUUAAUUACAAGGGGGGGGGGGGGGGGUGGGGUGAGACGUAGCCCAGUGGUAAAGUACUCUCCUAAUGCACAGUCAAUCUAGAAUAAGUCCCCGUUGGUGGCCCAUUGGGCCAUUUCCCGUUCCAUAACUAGUAUACAUAAGGCCGUGGAAUGUGCUAUCCUGUCUGUGGGAUGGUGCAUGUAAAAGAUCCCAUGCUACUAAUGGAAAAAUGUAUCGGAUUUUCUCUCUAAGACUAUAUGUCAGAAUGUACAUGAGAUAAUGAUUUUAAUGUAUUAAUGACAAAUUGUUGUGUAUAGUAUUGAUGACUGAGACAGCUAAGUGUUGACAUUUGGCUACACAGCUAUACAUUGUUAAAACAUUCUUAAAUUAGUAUGAUAUUAAUGUGAAUAAAAUUAAUGUGUUGAAUUGGAAUGUUCAUUUGUUGCAGUCACAUAUGUUAAAGAUUAAGACAAUCAAACUAUGUACCUUUUUUAACCCCCAUUCACACUGAUAGUUGAAUACACAAUUAAUUAGACAGUAAUUUUGUCUCAAUCCCACUAAAAUAUUUCCUGGAUACAUGUGAAACAGAUAGAAAAAAAUAAUAUCCUUGCUCUGGUCCAGUAUCUAUGUGACACUCUAAGGUACCAUUUUCAAAGAAGGACCCAAAUUCAAACUAUUGCCUACUAAUUGAGGCAUAUGUGUUAUAUUAAAUACUGGGUUGGAUUAGUAUGAGCCUAAGAGAUGGAUAUGGUGAACAUAAUGUGAAUUCAUCAGCAGAACAUUCAGUGCGUGUCUGAACACAGGGAUGAAAAACUCUAGAUUGUUGCAAAUUUUGUAUUUUAGCGCUACCUAAAAACUGUUCCUGUGAAUAAUAGCAUGGACCAGUGAAACAAUCAGCUAUACAGUGUUCAUAUUUGACUACAGAUUACAUAGCCUUAUAAUGGAAGCUUGUCUUUGAGGUUGCUAAUAUCUACAUGCUCAAUUUAAUAUGUGACACAAAUAAAUGAAAUAUUGAUUUGGAA